UGUGCUCCACUGACCCAAAGCCACAUACCAUGCUGCUAAAGAGCUAUGUGGCUAUGCCAGCCAUGUAGGUGUUUAAAUCAAAGCCCAGUCAGGCCUAGAGGAGGGAGGGCUCCGCGCUGGCCUAGGUCAGGUGGGGAGGGGGAGCUGUUGAAAUAUGGCUGGACAAACGUGUUAUCUUUUUUCUCCGGCAUCCGGCGUCCAGCCCCAGUGUGUCAUCAGUCUCAGCCCAGACCUGGCUCCAGCUCAAAGGCGAUGCUGGGAAACGGCAUCCAUAUGGUGCCACUAUAAAGAUCGCUCCGCACCUCCGCCUCAACCAAAGGUCCACACCAACCGCCUCACCGCCCACUGCCCACACACAUCUCAGCAGACUGCAGGGUGGCUCACCGUAUCCCAAGGCUGCAUCAGUCAGGGAGGUCCAGCUGAAUUUGCUAUGAAGAUACUGUAUCAUGUCAUUUUUCUACUUCUGCUGGGAGGGAUCUCCUGCCAGAACAAAAACAACGCCAAGCCAAGUGGAAAGUCGUCCAAAAGAGCUGGAAGUCAGGCUGGAGAUGGAGCGCAUGAUGAUGAUGCUGCCGACGGCGGUCGAGAGCCGGGCGCGGGGGGGCGCGGGAGCUCACACCAGACCACCUCCAGCAGCAAGGCAGCGGACGAGAUGAAGCUGCACUUCCUCAAGAACACACAGGUCACCUGCAACGACGGCACGGCCGCAGGGUUUUACCUAAAGGAGUUCAAAGGGAGCAAGAGAUGGCUGAUAUUUUUGGAGGGUGGUUGGUGCUGUUACAACAAAGACACCUGUGAUUCCAGGUAUAAAAAUACUCCUCGACUGAUGAGCUCCACCGACUGGCCCCAGACACGCAAAGGGACUGGAAUUCUGUCCCCGCAAACUGAAGAAAACCCUCACUGGUAUAACGCCAACAUUGUGUUUAUUCCUUACUGUACUAGUGAUGUGUGGAGUGGCUCCAAGACAACAAAGCCCAAAGAAAAAGGAAAAGACUCAGUGGAUUACACAUUCAUGGGCUCCCUCGUCAUACGAGAGGUGAUCAAAGACCUCACCACCAAAGGAAUAAAACAGGCCAAAGUUGUUAUGCUUGCCGGCACAAGUGCGGGGGGGACAGGUGUGCUGUUGAACAUUGAGAAGGUUUCCAGUCAGCUGGAGCAGCUUGGGGGUGAAGCUCAGGUGCGAGGGCUGGUGGACUCGGGAUGGUUUCUGGAGGGCCGGCAGCAGAAAGUCCUGGAGUGCUCCGACGGAGUGUCCUGCUCUCCGGUGGACGCCAUAAAGAAGGGACUGCGGUUAUGGAGCGGAAAUAUCCCGGAGAAGUGUCGGCAGCAGUACAAACGAGGCGAGGAAUGGCAGUGCUUUUUUGGACACAAAGUCUACUCCUCCUUGACCCCACCGCUGUUCGUGGUCCAGUGGCUGUUUGACGAGGAGCAGUUGCGCGUGGAGAACAUCUAUAUAGGGGGUCAGACUCUCUCGGACCAGCAGUGGACCUACAUGCAAAAUCUCGGCAGGGAGCUGAAGAACUCACUCAAGGAUGUCACGGCUGUGUUUGCUCCAUCUUGCCUGUCCCACACACUGAUCACCAAAAGUAACUGGAUGGAUUUCCAGGUGAAGGGCACGUCUCUCUCACGAGCGCUUCAGUGCUGGGACAAGAGUCUGCAGGAGGCCAACAAAAACAGCAAGACACCGGUCAAGGGCUGCCCCUUCCACCUGAUCGAUAACUGCCACUGGCCUCAGUGCAACCCCACAUGCCCUGCCCUCAUCGACCAGGCCUCGCAGCAGGAGCUAACGCUGCUCCAGGUGUUGGCCAGCAUGGGUCUGGACCUCCAGAAGCUGGGUCUGGACCCCAGGCGCGACGGCCACGCCAUCAGCAUCGUGGGCAGCGGGGGUUAAGAGGCGCAGGUGUAGCAGUGGCAUUUCCGUGGGCAUCCCUCACACUAUUUAGAUGUGGCUCAGAUAGAACGCUCUCCUGAUCCUCCUCAUCAUUCCGUCUGUGCUCCAACGUUCCGUGUCCUGACCGCUGGUUCUGCGCUGGGUUUCUGUGCUCGCGCGCUCUCCUGGCUCCGCCGUGUGUUCUCCAUAAAGGGAAGGUGUGUUCUCCAUAAAGGGAAGGAGUGUUCUCCAUAAAGGGAAGGAGUCCCUUUAACUUGUUACAGUACCAUGUCUGCAAAAUACUUCAAUCCAAUGACGGUGCUCCUUAAAUGCACCUCUCAUUUUUCUUUUGUCUUACGGAACCAUCAUAGUACAGUAUGUUUAUUUGUAUAUUUCAUAAACUCAAGCUCAAGUUUAGGUAGUUGAGUUCAGUGGCCGGGUUUUGGAAGUACAAAGGCAAAGUUAGAUCUGAGGCACUAGUUGAAGAGGGCACUGCCUUGAGCACCACAGCAAUCCUUCAGCCCCCCUCAGCUGUUCCUCCUCUCAGCGUGGCGGGUGGCUAAUUGAUCCGCAAUACUACUAAAGUGCUAGCAUACGCGCAUCACUGAGAUUUGUUUUGUCUAAUGUGACAACAUGGCACUGCAUGCCGCGAUAAAGUUCAACUGUUAGCCGUCAAUGUUGAAUACACGCAUGUGCAAUUUGUUCUUAUUUUUGCAAUGUGCAUGCUAGGUAGAGGUGUUUCUAAAAUGUCUUCCAUUUGAAGAUUUGAGAAAAUUCAACAUUGUACUUUAAAGUGAGGCAACAACCUGAAACAGAAGUAAACAUGUUGAAUGGGAUUUCGAGUAAGUUAUUUUUUGUUGUUCUUUUUGUUAGGGGCAUUGCUUUGAAAUGAGUGGGAUACAAAUGACAAGCUCAAAGUAUUGAGGGCUCUUUGUACUAAACUGGUAUUUACCUGAAA